AAGGCUGCAAAUCCCGAGCCGUCAAGGAACUUUCUGGAGCUGAAAUAAUGGUCUGCACCAUGAGGUGAAGCAAGAUCUGGAAAAGUAUGAAACAGCUUUAGCCCAAACUUAGACCCUGAAGUGGUCAAUUUGAGGUCCUUAGCAGCAGAAGGACAUUGCAUCCACCAGCAAACUAUAGUAUCGGAAUAGAGUUAUGAGGUGUUUCGAGCAUGGAAAAACUGUAUUCAUCAUUGCGAGAGGAGAUCAAAGUCUUCGAGGACCAGGUCCAGAAGUGUCGAGUCAGCUUUGACCUGCAAACCUUGCAAAGAGCCUUGGCUUUGGUUGCAGAAGACAACAAGGAAAAUCUUGACAGCUGGAAGAAGGUAAACCAAUAUGUCCAAUCUACUUCCACAUCUGGAGAGCAAGGGUUUCGACUCCGCAGGUACUUCUCUUGGUUGUUGUCCUAUGUGGGGUAUCUUGGGACCAUGAAGGACUCCUUUGAUGACCAUGCGGUUUUCCCAUUGUGUGAUAACCUGUACAUCAAUGAAGAGGCAGAAACCCUGACUGUACAAACACCCAUCCCGGUGUCCCCUGGUAACAUCGCGAGCACCGCCAGGCAACUAUUCCACCAUCGACGGAGGUGGGCCCUUCUUCUUAGCUCAGGGACUCAUGAUACCCAAGGACCUUCUCAUCCAAUGGGCUUACUGCACUGUAUUCCAGAUAUAUUUGAAGAAAGUCUAGUGACAGCUAAUUUAGCUCGAAACUGGAUCCUUCUCCAUGAAGCUCGGAAUAAGAAUCCUUCAAGUGUCACUCCAUUGAGGAGUCAAUUAGACCAUGAGUUUCAGGUCACAAAAACAAGGAAAUUUUUUGGGUCAGCCAAAUCUACAGCUGAUGAAGAGACCCAAGCCGAACUGAAGGACGUGAGAGAACAUCUGAUGUUUCUCCUAUGGAGAGCAGGACAAGCCGAGGCUUUGGAAAAGCAGGUGAAGGACACCAAGCAGAAGGUGCAGAGUCUCCAGCAGGACAUCAGCAAACUUCAGAGAGAUGGAACAGACACUUCUGACAUCAGCCUGGAAAACCAAAGGCGUCUGGAGAAACUGCAGCGGCAGCUCGACCUGGAAAUCUUCCGUCAACGAGUAGUAAGCUGUGACUGGCAGCUCGAGCUGGAGGUCCGACCACUGCUCAUUAGACAGAUAGAUAUGGUUCGGGAACGUUGCACACAACUGGAGGCCACAGUAAACCCACAAAAACAGCCGAUGGAGGCGUCUCCCCUGGAAUCUUCCGGAGGGUUCAGUGACGGUGAAUGGGAGAACAACUCAGUCUUUUCUCACAGCUCCGACUACUCCUCCGAUGUUUUUUCCACACACUGAAGGACAUGGGGCACCCCUGGCAUGGAACUUAAGGGGGUCUGAGACAAUCUGGUCACAGGGCGGCCAGGUUGGCUGUCAGAGCACCCAGUUUUCCAGACUUCCCUAUAACUAUAGAAUGUAUUCAGCUGUUAUAUUUUGGGUUAUCAUUACCAAAUGUAUCAAGCCAAUGAGCUUAGCUGUCUCUACCAGCAUCGCUCUUACCCACUGAGCCAGGAGGCCUAGAGAUCAUAACCAGCUUCACUUCCAGGAAAAACAACGGCGAAUCUAGAAAAUCCAUUCUACUUCUCCCAGCUGAAGAUCAGGACUUGCUGUAAGGCAUCUAGCCAUAAGGACCAGUCCACACGUGGCCGCGCUAUCAUGAUCUUACACAGAUUUCUUUUUAAAGAACGAGGCAAAACUGUGACGUGAUCUUUAAAUCCCAAAAUGUUUAAUUCGUCUCCCUUCCUGAACAAGGAAAAGUCAAUAUUUCCUCUGAUGCUUGAGUUUUCUGGGAAGAAAGAAGACGUUGAAGACUCCAUCAGCACUAAUUCCUUGUCUUGUCCUGCCCUCGCUCUUGAUCUGCUCUCUUUCUAUUGGAUUUGCAGAAAUAUUCUCGGCUCAUUAGGUUCAAUUAGAGCAGAUUCCUUCGUUUUCUCGGUUACGUGCGAGCCGCAGUCCUGCCCGGGCGCGCUGCCAGAACUCAGGAGGGUGAGCUCAGGAACUGCAGCUAUUUUAAGCCUCAGCAAGGGAAGAAAGGAAGCUGGACUUUUUGCAUGGUUGGCACAUUCAUUGCAGAAGUUGACACACCCCAUUUAUCAAAUUGCACCGAAUUAGUUCUAUUGACGCUUGAAAGUGUUUUCUGCAUUGUGGGUCAAUGGCGCUUUGUAGGGCUGAUGCAACAGUGACACAACGCUGCCAAAAUGUGAAUAUAACAUACCAAAAAAACACUACCAUACACUGCUUAGAUAACACCGCCAUACGGUGCUCAUAUACUGUAAUAUUGUUAUAUACUGUUUGAAAAAUACCGCCAUGCAAUGCUUUAAUUAUACCAGCAUACAGUGCUCCUAUGAUAUCAACAUACACUGCUUAGAUAAUACCGCCUUACAGUGCUUAAAUAAUACCAGCAUAGUGUCCAUAUAAUACCGCCAAACAAUGCUUAGAU